AUGUCCGAUAUAUCUACAUCACCACGUUUGUGGAAAGCUGUUGUACCGAUCUGUUUCAUUUGUUUGCUGUAUUUAUGUUCACUUUUUCUAUUUUUUUGUGCAACAAAUUCUUUAAUUUAUUCAACAGUUUGUCUUCUUCGAGCUAAUGCAUCAUUUUGUGCUCAAAUUGAUCAAAAUAAAUCACUUAUUGUAUUAGAAGAAUCAAUUCAAAAAGAAAGUGCUCAAUGGAAUCUCUAUGGAACAUUAUCAUUUUCAAUCAUUGCUUGUUUUAUGUCGCCGAUUUUUGGAAGUUUAUCUGAUACAAAAAAUCGAAAACUACCUAUUGUAUUAACAAUAAGUAAUGCUAUAUUAACAGGUUUAAUUAUUACCAUUGCAAGUAUUUAUCAAGGUACACAAUUAUGUUUAAUAUUAUAUUUAGUAGCAAAUGUUGUCAAUGGUUUUGGUGGUGGUGCAUUGAUACUUAUUUCGUCAUGUUUUGGUUAUGCUACUGAUUCAUGUAAAGAAAAAGGACAACAUGUUCAAACUAUUGCUUUAAUUGAAGCAUCUUUAAAUAUUGGUGUUGUUAUUGGAUAUCUUCUUUGUGCAUUCAUUUUUGAAUUGCAUAGUCGAAUAUGGCAUAUUUUACUUGUUAAUGUUAUUCUCUUAGGUGUUGCACUUUUUAUAAGUCUAGUUUUUCUCAAGACUCCUUCAAUAACAGAAUUAUCAACAAUAACUACACGCCAAAAAAUAAUUCGACCAAUUAUUGAUACACGUGAUUUAAUUGUUGAUUUAAAGAAUAAUCAUUUACUUGUAUCAUUUCUCAUACUUUUACUCUCACUUUUCUUCUACGACAUGUAUCGUAUGGGCUCUGGAUCUAUUCUUUAUUUAUUUUUACAUCGAAUGUCAUUUGAUGAUGUACAUUAUGCAGCAUAUUUUACAUUUGAACAGUUAGCUACUUGUUUAGCAUUACUAAUCUUAGCAUUAUUAAAAGGACGAUGGAAAAUUAAUGAUCUAUAUUUAGCUAGUAUUGGUUUAAUCUUGUCUUUAGUUGGACCAAUGUUAUUUGCUUUUGCAGAAAAUAAUAAAACAAUGAUCUUUGGAGCUAUACCAUCAUCAAUGUUUAGUGUCUAUUUUGCUGUAUGUUUAAGAUCGAUAGUUGCAAAUUUAGUACCUCAAAAAGAUAAAGGCAAAGCAUUUAGUUUCAUUGCUUUGAUACAAAAUCUUGAUGUUGUAGUAGGUACAAUUGCUUGUGUAGAGAUUUAUGAAGCAUCAAUUGAUUUUUUUCCUGGUCUUGUAUUUAUUUUUGCUGCUGCUACAAGAGUUAUGGCACUAAUUCUCAUUUUAAUACAAGCAUGUUGCGUUAGCCAUACACCACAAUUAUCACUAACAGUACCAGUUGAUGAAGUCGAAGAUCCACUCAUAAAUACUGAAUCUAAUGAAAAUGAUGAUGAUGAUGAUACACUAAUUCAUUCUUAA